CUCCUCGGCUGCUCUUUUCUUCGCCGCCGGAGAACAGGGACGGCUCGGAGAAGCUCAAAGUACCUUUGUCAUGGCCUACGGUGGGAGGAAGAGGACGAGCGCGAUUCCGGAAUCAGAUUCUGCCCCGACGACCUCGGCGGAGCCGGUCAGGAGGGUCGGGAAGGAGGAGAGACGGGCGCGGCGGCUGGGGGAGGCGGCUGGGGAGACGGCGGCGGAGUGCGCGGCGAUCUGUUGCUGCUGCCCCUGCUGCGUGGUGAAGAUUCUCGUGAUCGUGGCGGUGAAACUCCCCCAGGGGCUCGUCCGGUGCGCCCUGCGGCACUGCAAGGCGCGGUGCUCGCGGAACAGAGAAGCGACCGAACGGAAGGAACUCAGGGCGUCGAAAGACAAGCCGGCUGAGGCGUGCCCAGCGAGGUCUCCGGCAGAGGCGAUGUACGACUUGGAGAAUGUGAUGCGGGACAACUUCUACGGCGGCGGGUUCUGGCGGAGCCUCUCCCGGAGGGAGUAGAUCGACCCUCUCCCAAGUGGCCAAGUCACCGUCUGCUUGGCGAUUUAGCUAGCAGGGUGCAACUGAACGCAGUCCUGAAUACUUCAAGCUUUUGUUAGUGAGCUGGGAGAUCAGAUUAUGUGGAGACGGAAUUCUGAUGGAAAAUUUUACAGUGAACUAGAGUUCAUUUAGUGUUUCUAGAGGUAAAAUAACUUCUCGAUCGACUCAUCACUCAUUGUUAGAGAUGUUUUCAGAAAAACAAAACGAUCGUUCAAAAGGGGGAUGUUUAGUAGUACUGUUAAGUUCUUGAUAACCUUAUGAGUGUUGCAGUGCAGUUGUGUGCUAGGGCUCCGCAUGCAGGGCGCGAUGCGUCGAGGUCGGUCAGGAGAUUCUUGAGGCAGUCAUAUUGAAGCUCUGGUUGUUUGUUUAUCUUUUAUCACACGCGCAACCGAUGCUCGCUGCAGCUCCUGUUUGAUUGUACCUAUCACUGUUGAAGGGUUGUGGAUCCAGCGGCCGUUGAUUUGAUUGUCUGGAGCUGGACUUGCUUUUUUAGAUUUUUUACGUGUUUGGCAGCGUCAGACAGUGGCCGUGUUGGCAGAAAGCAACGGGAGGAGGUCCACUGCAGUGUUCAUGCAGAGGGAGGGCUAGCUGAAGCUCGGCAGGGCAGUCCUUUUCUCGUGCUUCAUGGAAAAUGUUUGCCCUUUUGGUUGAUUUACCAUGACCGCUAGGGUUGUUUAAUUCUGUGUGACGCAGGAGGACAUAAUAGCAAUUAUUCGGAGAUUCAAA